AUGCGUCUCCUCCACAUUGACACCCUCCAGCUUGAGGAAUUCGUUGCUUCACCACCACCCUACAUAGCGCUCUCUCACACCUGGGGAAAGCAGGAGAUAACUCUUCAAGAGUUAAAUAGCCCCAAUUUCCGCACAACAUGCAGAAAAGAAGGAUGGAUCAAAAUCUUGGACUUCUGUCAAGCCGUAAAGAAGUACCAGGUUGAGCAAAAGGAGAAUCCUGUGCAGUACGUGUGGGUAGACACCUGCUGCAUCGACAAGACCAGCAGCGCGGAGCUUUCAGAGGCAAUAAACUCCAUGUUUCGUUGGUAUCGCGAGUCGGAAAUAUGCUUUGCUUUCCUUGACGACGUUCAGUAUGACGGAGGACCUGUUCGCUCGCACUUUUCCGGAGCGAGAUGGUUCACGAGGGGGUUCACUUUGCAGGAGCUCCUCGCACCAACUGAGGUCCAGUUCUUCGAUAAACGCUGGCACUACAUUGGGAGCAGGAAGGGGCUAUCGAGAAGAAUAUCCAAGGUGACUAGGAUCCCGAGUCGCGCACUUAAAGAUGGCGAGUUCCAAAUGGCUACCGUUGCUCAAAUACUUUCUUGGGCGGCGCAUCGACAAACUACGCGCCCAGAGGACAUUGCAUAUUGCCUCCUAGGGUUAUUUAACGUCAAUAUGCCACUUUUGUAUGGCGAAGGCGACAAGGCGUUCAUUCGACUGCAAGAAGAGAUUCUCAAGGAAAGCGAAGAUCAAUCCAUCUUUGCGUGGGAUGCGUCUACCAUGUCCUGUCUCGAGCAGCACAUUGGCGUCUUGGCUCCAUCGCCGAAAUACUUCUCAGCCUGCGGUCGUGUAGCAGCUUCUAGGAGUCUCGGAAUUGGGGAGGUGUCCAUUUCCAACAAAGGCAUUACCAUAAAUCUACCUACCUCACAGGACAGUGAUUUGGGAUCCGCAGCGGUAGGUGACGUUUAUAUGGUCACCUCCUGCUACGAAUUCGUUGAUAAGAAGCUUUACAGGCUCGGUAUCGAUCUGGUAAAGAGUAGAUUUGAGGCGGACCGUUACGAACGAGCCAGUACUGCACCACGGCGGAUUGCGCCUUUCGAGCCGGAGCCUCCUAUAAAACGGCUGACGUUGACAAAGCAGAGCCAGACUCUAAGGCCAUGUAGUGUCGUAUUGCGGAAUGUACAGAGAGAUGUGCAUGGCAAGCUACAGCCUUGGAAAUGGAAGGAAGGGUUUCCGGACAACGCCUGGGAAUACGACGAAGUAUCUGAUAUACUGAGACCCACGGUCCCCGAGGAUUGGAGGUCAGCCAUCGUAAGACACAAUGACUUGUACGCUUAUGCCGUUUUUGAGUGGACAGCCGGGCAGGACGGCCGGGCGAUGCAUUUCGCCCUUGAGCUGUGUUUCUCGCAAGCUAGACUCCGUUGCGUACGCCUUCUUGACUUGACUAAGGCGUUUGCUAGUUCGGCGAACAAAGUUCUGGCAGAACUGAUAGACGAAGUUGACUUUUACUGCUCCAGCAAAGGUCAAAGAUACGCAUACAAUGUCCGCUGGAAGGACUCUCUCGACGUAGAGGCGGCCCUGGGGGACGUUUGGCUUACUCUGGCGUUCAUGUUGCGACUGCCACCCUUACUUGCUGUCGAGUUUGGAGCUGUGCGCUGGGAUGGACGCUCACACACAUUCAAUCUAACACUGGAGCGAUAUUGA